GGGGCCCUCCUUCCCUCCCUCCCCACCGUCCUGCCUCCCUCCCUCCUUCCCUCUCUCCCCACCUAGGCCUACCUCGGAGCGGCGGACUGCGUCACGUGUUUUUCUCCCGUACAAAUUUUCCAGUAGGGGAGCGAAUAGGAGCACACCCAUAUCAGCAAUUAUCAGCGACAGUAACUAUCUCCAGAUAUACCGACAGGAAGAGGAACGCUGCAGUCGUCUCGGACCAGAAAAAACAACUUUGGUCUCAUUUAUCUCCGGACAGUGCGCGCAACUUUUACGCAUUAAAGCGGCGGAUAUUUGGAGAGGCUCCGCGCUGCUCCCUCUCCUGCCUGUAUCUGUGGAGUGACAAAGUUUGCCCGCUGCACUCUUCUGUUGAGGUUUGGACGGCUAAAGGACUGGACUGCUUUAUCACCCGACCGUCCUUAUCUGGACAGGAAUCUCCACAAGAUUUUUAUUGAGCCCUCUGUUCAAAAAGGCACAAAAAUAUUACUUAAGAGGGUGGAAGAGCGUGGGCCGCAUCGCCUCCACAGGACCAGCCUGAAAAACCAUCCAUAUAUUUUAACAGAAUACAAGAGUGUUGAAAAUGUAUCAAAGCCUGGCCUUGUCCUCAAACCAGUCCCCUUACGCGCAUGACACCGGGAAUUACAUCCAUCCCUCAGCCAGCUCUCCGGUCUACGUCCCUACCACCAGAGUCCCAGCCAUGCUGCCCACCCUGUCCUACCUGCAGACGUGCGACUCGCCCCACCAGUCCCACGGCCUCGGCGGGCAUCACGGCUGGCCCCAGACCGGCACGGACGGCUCCUCCUUCACGCCCAGCAGCCCUCACCCUCACCAUGGCUUCUCCUACUCGCACAGCCCGCCCGUCAGCAGCAACACCGGCCGGGAUGGAACCUAUCAGAGCCCGCUGGUUCUCGGAAACGGCGCUCGAGCGGAUCAGUACGGAGGUGCUCUGGUGCGCUCGGUCGGAGGCUCCUACUCCAGCCCCUACGCUUACGUGAGCCCGGAGAUGGCGACGUCCUCUUGGACGCCAGGACCCUUCGAAAGCGGAGUGAUCAGUCUGCAGGGUCGACAGGGCGGUCUGUCUGGUAGAAGGUCCAGUCUGGACCUGCUGGACGACAUGCCCACUGAGGGCAGAGAGUGCGUCAACUGCGGAUCCGUGUCCACGCCGCUGUGGCGCAGAGACGGCACCGGACACUACCUGUGUAACGCCUGCGGCCUCUACCACAAGAUGAACGGCAUCAACAGGCCGCUCAUCAAACCACAGAAACGACUGCAGACCACGCCCCGCCGAGCUGGCCUGUGCUGCACCAACUGCCACACCAGCACCACCACACUGUGGAGGCGCAACGCAGAGGGAGAACCUGUCUGUAAUGCCUGUGGCCUAUACAUGAAACUGCAUGGGGUGCCUAGACCUCUGGCCAUGAAGAAAGAGAGCAUUCAAACCAGGAAGCGCAAACCCAAGAUGCCCAAGAAUAAAACAUCCACAGGAGGAUCCACCACCUCUGACACCAGCUCCCCAACCUCCCUCUCAGUCUCAGAACACGCCUCCACCAUAAAGAGUGAACCCAACAUGGCCCCCUCACCCUACGCCGGACAGACGGUCACAUCCGCCUCUCAGACAGUUUCUCAGAUAGACAGCACAGGAUCAGGACAUGUGGAAAUUAAAUAUGAGGAUUAUCCCUUUACCCCAACCUCCAUGGGUCCACAGAACUCCUGGUGUGCCCUGUCUCAAGCUUGAGCAGCCUCGACCCUCAGGACUGCCAUACUGACAAUACAAAACUCAUUUCGGCUCACUUAGGCAUGGAGGCCGUCUCUCCAUCCUGCAGCUAUUCCUUGUGAUUCUGGAGCUGUGGAGGAACAGUGUUGCAUAAGCAUCAAAUGGGGCUCAAGCAGUAUCUGAUCAUUUGCUGGCCAUAUAAUAUACUGUACUGUGUCACACUGGCCCUGUACCUGACAGGCUCAACACAGCUCACCAGGACCACACUUUAAUUCAACAAGGACACAGGGUACCUGGACAGCAGUUUUACAAAAGAGGAUGAGUGUGUAUUAUCCCCAGCACAGUGACUCAACAGCUCAGCCAGAGCAAAGAACACAGGUGAACUCAGCAGGCCACAUUUCCUCAGCACAACAACAAGAACUACCUACUAAAAGAAAUGUCGAUUGUUGGAGAAACACUACACCAAAUAUACCAAUGCAAAGACAAUCAAGUGGAAUGUAAAAAUGCUAACUCAUUUUUGUAGUGCAUAAGCAAUUUUCUUGUUAGCUUUCAUCACUGCCAUUGCUUUCUGUGGUGUUUUUAAAGAACAUAAUGAGAACACUUAGAGCAUUUUAUCGUUAUCACAGAAAGAAAACUGUAAAAUGAACAGAAAAUACCUUUUUUAUUGCUGUUGAACAUGUCUCAUUACCAACAUGUAGAUGAUUAACUUUUAUAGACACAUUAUUUAUGUUGAGAUAAGGACAGUUAAAAGUCAUGGUGGACACUAAAACCAGCCAGUUAUAAUCCACUGCUCACUGUUGUUGAAUGGCUGCUGUGUUGUAUGAUUCUAAGCUAUGACACUUAGAUUAAAUGCGUGAUUUGUUUUUACGAGAUACAACAGCUAUUAAAUGCAUCUUGUAAAAUCUGCGAGAAAAUCAAAACCAGUCGUUUUGAUUCUGACAUCAUGACUACAGGAGUUUAUUAUUUUACUGUUUGACAUUAAUUAAAGUGCAAUGACUCAAUUUUUCUUUCUAGAAAUUGAAGGCAAAACACAAAGAGUGAGAAAUUAUUCAAAACAUAUUAAUCUAAUUUUACUGUCUGUAUUUUGCCAAUAUGUAAGGGAAUUUUAUCAUUAUACUGUUCUUAAAAACUCUGUUUUCUCUUUUUUCAGUGCUCUUCAGAAUCUGUUCAGGAUAAUAAACUGAUUCACAUUUUAUAUAACUGAUUUAUGAAAAUGUGUUUGAUUUUCUGGUGACCCCCACAAAGAGUUUCAGUGUACUUGAGAUGAUGAUCUUGCUUCUUCUGUUAAGUGAUAGAUUUUCAUGUCAUAAAUCAUUAGUUCCCAGUCUUUAUUAUCAUCAUCACCUCCCAAAUAUUUUCUUAUGAAUGGAUUACGAAUGACUGGAUGUCAUUCAAUACUGUUAAUUAGAUAAAAAUAAAUAGUGGUAGAUUGACUUGUUGAUGUUUAGCCUGCUUUAGUCAGGUUUGCAUUUUUACUAUGACUUGGGGUGACUGAAGCUGAAACAUUCAAUCGUUCAUUGACUGCUUUAGCUUUUUAUUCCAAUUGUUAGCUUUUGAAAGUUUCAGCCAAUUUUUCUGUCUUAGUUUUGAAUCUCAAACUCUUGCAACAACACGUACCACUAAAUUUU